AUUUCGUUCGAAGUUCGAAUGAUGUCGUAUUUACUUAUUUAUCUCUAAUAUAUUAAGUGUAUAAUCUAUGCUUAUUUACGCACGGGGGCUAUUUGUGUAUUUACGUUUAUACGUUAUCAACGUUUAUUACAAUGAGUAGUUCAUAAUAAAUAGAAAAUUAAAUAUGUAUUUACUAGAUUCCAAAUAAUUCUUAAUGUAAACUAAUUUAGAAAAGAGUUUAAAAACAAGAAAACAACAGUGCUCCUUUAAUAGUGUUAUUAUUUAUAUAGUGUUCUUUGUUCUUGAUUACAAUGAAUCUUGUUAAAGCUUUAUUGUUUAAUGUAUUAAGUUUAAGUAUAGGAUUUGCGUAUAAGCCUGUGGUUUUAAUGCAUGGAAUUAUGACUGGGAGUGGUAGUAUGGAAAUAAUAAAGCAUAGAAUAGAAGAGAAACAUCCCGGAACAGUUGUGUACAAUGUGAACAGGUUCGAGAGCUGGUCCAGCUUGGAAAGUAUGUGGCACCAAGUUUUGGAAAUUGGUUUGGACGUGGCUAACAUAUCUGCGUCACAUCCUGAAGGAAUCAAUUUAAUAGGAUAUUCUCAAGGAGGUCUGGUAGCAAGAGGGAUCGUCGAGACAUUCUCUAAUGUAUCUGUUAGUACAUUCAUAUCACUUAGUUCACCACAAGCUGGUCAAUAUGGAGCUGGUUUCCUGCACUUGGUGUUUCCGGGCUUGGUCAAAGAAACUGUCUAUGAGUUGUUCUACUCGAAAGUUGGUCAGCACACAUCCGUUGGCAAUUACUGGAACGACCCAUACCAUCAGCCGCUGUACGAGACCUACUGCAUGUUUUUGCCUUACCUAAAUAAUCAUAAACAGUCGAAGAAGUCUGAAGAAUUCAAAGCCAACAUGCUGAGACUGAAGCGGCUGGUGCUGAUCGGGGGACCGGACGACGACGUCAUCACACCCUGGCAGAGCAGUCAAUUCGGCUACUACAACGCCAACGAAACGGUCAUCGAGCUUCGCAAUCAGGAAAUCUACAAGGACGACAAAAUAGGACUGAAGAGUCUAGACGAGUCGGGCAGGCUACACGUCCUCAGCGUUCCAGGAUGGAAGAAUAUGUCAAAAAUGUUUGCUGUGCUGCAGAUUGCACUAACACAACUUUCUCAAUUAAAAAUUAAUAUUAAUAUGACGUGACUUAAAAGGCAGGAAAAACACGUGACGUCACUAAUAAGAAAAUAUCCUGUAAAAAAUAAUUUUAUUCUAAUUGUGCAAUGCGUUUAUAAGUGAAAAAUAAAUGUUUUUUUUAUACGACA